GGAAAGGAAGAACGAGAACGACAUGCGAUACGCCAAUUAUCGCAAUGAAACAAAAGAGCGAUAAAAGUCGCACGAAACAUUGACACUCUCAUCACUCUCUUGCCAUACGUUACGUGCUCGCUCGAAAAACUGUGACGGUAGGCCGGCGGUCAAUGUUUUAAUGAAUGAUUUUGUUAAAUGUUAAAUCUUAGCUAUUCAAAGAGCUGCAAAGUCCUCUCUAUACUGUUUAUAUCUGCAAUGUACAAUAACGAAGUAAAAUAAAUACUUUAUUUACAGAACUGCUCCUACCCAUGUGAAAUUGCACGGCUCGGAGGUGAUCGGUAUCGAGGAAAUUGUUGUGCAUGAAAACUACACAGGCAAUCUUUUGUACAAUAAUAUUGCCAUUUUAAAACUUAACAGGUCUUCCCUGCAUCGUCCGGAUUGUAUAGAAUACGAUAUGCAUCCAUUGGAUGCAAAUGAAUUAAUUACAACUGGAAUCCUUCCAAAAAUAACAUACGCCAAGGACGAAAAACAACCGACUGGUAAUGAGUUCAAAGUCACUGUCAAUUUUACAAUAUAUUUUAUUUAUUUCUUGUCUUGCAGACAUCCGUUAUGAGCCGGUUGAAAUCAAUGUAUCAUUAUACGAAAACAUGAAAUGCAAUCUAUCUAGCGAAUUUCAAAACGAGCAUUAUUGUUUCGGCGUAGACGAGUUUAUUGUACCGGGAUCGUGUGAUCUUUUACUGGGUGGACCAAUUGGAGCUCCAGGAUUAAAAGGAAUGAAUAUUUUCGGGAAUGAUUGUGGAUUUCCAAAACCGGCAGUAGCGUUGAAUUUUGUAUCCCACAAGUCAUGGCUCGAGUCAGUUAUUCUACCAACGAAGAGUCUGCGAGAUAAACCUGCAAAUGCUGAUGUGUUGUCGUACCACGAUGAAGAUCUGGAACACGGAUCUCAAUGUAGCUAUUCCAACGAGGUGAACGGUACAUGUGUGCAUAUUGGCAACUGCUCCUCAAUAAUUGAUAUAGAAUACGCCCAGAAAAGAGUUAUAUUCUGCAAAAGUAGCUCUGUUGUCUGCUGCCCAACCAAUCUGUUGAAAAUGCAGCCAAGUGCAAUAGAGGUCGAAUUUAGCGAGUGUGAAUCACGAUACAAAAGCCUCAGCAAGUUACGGAUGGAAAAAAUAGCAACUGAUAGGUCGCUUCAAUAUUCACACACGGUUGCGAUAGGUUGGGAAACCGAAACCGAUAUGAAAUUCGAGUGCUACGGAUAUCUCAUCAGUACUCGCGGAGUGGUUACGGCUGCUUCUUGUUUGCGGCUUCGAUCUAGCAAUCCCACAAUCGUACGUCUUGGAGAACAGGGAUGGACUAAUAGCCACCUCAUAUUUAGACUGAUCGAAGCUACAACCGUGCAUCCGAAGUACAACGAAACGACUGGAGAGCAUGAUAUCGCUGUGAUAAAGCUAAAGGAAGCUAUCCAUCCUUUCGUCCAUCUGUUUCCAGUGUGUUUGUGGCAGAAUACAACCCACUCUCCAGUACAUCAAGGCAUUAUGCAUAGCGGUGAGUAAAUAAAAGUUGUUUACAGUACAGUCAUUAUAAUUGAUGAUUGGAUAACGCAUUUUUCAUCUACAGCCUCUGGUGUGCUUAUCCCCAUUCAUCCGAUGUACAAUUCGGACUGUGAAAAGCGUUUGAAUCGUUCGUUUACAAUCCCUGGAAUGGGUUGUAUGCAUACGGAGCAUGAAACGUUUAUAGCAUACAUUAAUCAAGAAUGCUUAAAAAUGCAAAAGUAUACCAAUCUUGAUCGUAACACUUACGGACGCUUCAAAGCGGGAAAUCCUAUAAUAUGGCGAGAAUAUAACAAAACUGGAGAAGCGAGCUUUACUGAGUUUCUGGUCAACAUCUACAGCUAUGGAGACUGUGUUGAUGGAUUUCCAUUACACAUUGUGCAUCAUGUUGCAUUCUACGUGGAGUGGUUC